AAGGGAAAAUAGACAGCCUGAACUCUUUAAACAAAGUACUUCCUACUAAUGACUUCUUAAUCACAGCACUCCUGAAAUUUCACCCACUACGAAGCAAAAAGUCAAUUUCCCCUUCGACUUGUCAUACAUGUUGUGCGUAACAAACGUAAUGCGUCCUAAACGCUCCAUGUUGUAGUCCUUCCUGGUCGAAGAGUGGAGGAUUUACGGCCGCGUUGUUAUCUUUAGUGCAAGCGCAACACGUUUAAAUGCAAGGUGUCUCAUAGCAUCGCUCUUCAAAUAUAACAUGCAGGUGACAAUACAAUAACAUGGCUUUAAUUCAGGAUGCCAACAUGUUCCCACGCGACUUUGCGUGGGGAGCUGGAACUGCUGCAUAUCAAGUAGAAGGUGGCUGGCAGGCAGAUGGCAAGGGACCAAGUAUCUGGGACACAUUUUGUCAUGAGAAAGGCAGAGUGUUUGGGGACCAGAGUGGAGAUGUCGCCUGUAACAGCUACGAGCUGUGGGAGAGGGACCUGGAGUGUAUCCAGCAGCUUGGACUGACGCACUAUCGCUUUUCGCUUUCCUGGUCCCGCCUGCUGCCUGAUGGGACUACAAGACAUGUUAACCAAAAAGGUGUGCAGUACUACAACAAGGUGAUAAAUGAUUUGGUGGGCUGUAAUGUUUCCCCAAUGGUAACACUCUACCACUUCGACCUGCCUCAAGCUCUCCAAGACCAGGGUGGCUGGAAGUCUCCAUGUAUAGCAAGCCUAUUUGAGAGCUACGCCAAGUUUUGCUUCCAAACAUUUGGUGACCGCGUCAAACUCUGGAUCACUAUCAAUGAGCCGUAUGUCUGCGCCAAACUGGGCCAUGAGGAUGGCAUCCAUGCUCCAGGGUUGAAAGAACCGGGGGUUACUGCCUACCUGGUGGGUCAUAACAUGCUGCGUGCCCACGCCAUGGCCUGGCACGGCUACAACUCUUAUUUCAGGACAGCGCAGCGGGGCUUGGUGUCUCUGGCCAUCAACAGUGACUGGAUUGAGCCUUUAAACACACAUUGCGAAGAGGAUAUUGCCGCAACUGAACGCUACCUUGCAUUCACUCUGGGGUGGUUCGCCUGGCCUCUGUUUGUAACUGGAGAUUAUCCAGAAAUAAUGAGAUCUGCCAUUGAUGCAGAAAGUAAGAAAUUGGGAUACAACGGCAGCUCGAGACUGCCCAGUUUCUCAAAGGAUGAACCCACCAUUUUGGGCACAGCUGACUUCUUUGCGUUGAACUACUACACGUCUCGUAAAAUCAAGCAAGGAGAAGGUUGUGGAAAUAUUUUGUGCAUGAAGAGCGACAGAGAUGCUGGAGAAGUUUUAGAUGCGUCCUGGCCUAUUUGCGGUGUUUCCUGGCUUGCUGUUGUGCCCGAUGGUUUAAGGAAACUUCUCAAGUAUAUCAAGGACACGUUUAAAAACCCAGCAGUCUACAUCACAGAGAACGGCUUCUCUCAGGUGGGGCCGCUGCAAAUUGAGGAUGAUCAACGAUCAAAGUUUUACAAGGACACCAUUAUGGAAAUUGCUAAAGCUGUCCAGGCAGACAGGGUCGACAUCCGUGGGUAUUUUGCAUGGACGCUGCUGGACAACUUUGAAUGGGCCGAUGGAUACAGUGUUCGCUUUGGAUUGUACCACGUGGACUUCGAGGAUGAAAAGCUAAGCCGAACCAUGUACCAGUCUGGGCGGGAGUACUCAAAGAUUAUCUUGAAACAUAAAUUCAGUCAGUGAAGAUAAACAAUAGAGGAACAGAAAGAUCAUGUCAUUUUUGAAUACAUUCGACAUAAACUAACAGUUUUUGCAUUUUUAAGUCAAACCAGUUCAACUGGUCAACAAGGCCUCUGCUUUCUUUCGCAGAAAUCCUAAAUGUAAAGUACUCUUUUGUCUUCGACUUGUGUUACAGUUAAAAAGGUCAGGCUUCGGUCCAAAAAAUGGGCUUACAUGGUUGCCUUCACAGAAAAUCUGACUUCAAGUGAGGGGAAGUGAUGACAUGAGCGCAGACUUGUUUCAAUGGAAUGCAAAUUAGUAUUCUGCCCUGCUUGGCUCCCAGUCAGCCUGUAUGAGGAGUUUAUGGAGAGGGGAGACUUCCUCGCAGCUGUAACACCAAGCUGUCACAACCACCUCAAGAGGCUGCAGGGGGAUAUGUAUACAUGCUUUGUUUUGUACAGGAUUUACAGCAUUAUCAAUGGUGGUAUCCGCUUGAAUAGCAACAUUGUGACUUGCCUGUGUAUGUGUAUGCACACGGUGUAUCUUGGUGUAACAUGACGCGAUAUGACCGUCUAUCUCGCAUCUCUAAGAGCUUAUCUUCUCCUUCAAUCUACCGGUGAGAGACAGAUGAAUGUGUCUUUGGUACACAGCUACCAUGAUGAACUUCAAGACACACAGUGCAUAAUACCUUGCAUUGUGCUCUGGAGGUUUCAGGUUGAGCGAAAGGUUUAAGUCAGUAAAUGUAGUGAUGCAGGGACUAAUCUGAGGAAAAGACCAUGCCUAAACAUGGUCUGCUGAGAUAACACUUUUACUUUGAAAGGGCAAAGACGAAUGACAAAAAAGUACUUUGGAUGCACUUGUAAUAAAGAUUUGGAUGAAAUGGCAUCAUGACUUCUUUGAUAAAGUUACUUGACAUACCAAGGGAAAUAAAUCACAUUACACAAUCUGUUUCUUUUAUUCCAAAACUUG